AUGUCUGACAAUUCUACAGAUCCAUUGCGAAGCCGUUACUUGCAAUUUUGGCUUGCCAUGUCCCAAACGGCUCCCAAGGCUACCGUUGUCAUGGACGGAAAAACGGUGGUCCAAGGCAUUUUUCGAGGAACCGAUAGUGAAAACAAUCGCUUCCGCUUUGAUCAGCUUGAAACACCCAUGGGCACUUACGAACGCACGGUUUUACGUGGUCCCGAUCGGCUGACCGUCGUCGUCGUACUGUAUGCGUCUGAGAACGUUUAUCAAGAGGAGCAUGGAGAGUGCAUGUUUGUUUCGUUGGCUCUAGCAGGAGGAACAAGGAACAAGGGCGUGUCGAUGAAGUACGUUGUUGUUUGGGUUCAGCAGUCAAUCAAGGAUUUUUAUUGUGCGGCAUGGAGCCCGGCAAUGUGA